AAAUUAUAAUAAAACCGGUGCAAAUUCGAACGUUCUAUGUGAGUUCUGUAAUUUUGUUUAUGACACUAGCUAUUCCAUGGACCCUUAAUCGACCGGCGCAGAUUUUUAUGGUUUUUAAAGAUGCAGAGGAAACAAGGCUUCCCUGUUGCUAACUGCAAUAUAAAAUUGCCUGACAACAUGCUGGGUACUGAGACGGUGCUGCUGGACGACGAUGGGGAACAGCUGCAGCGUCGACAGCAGCUCAUCAAUUUUGCACAUGCUCAGUGGGGCUUUAAUAACUGGAGCUGGAGUGUCAGCAAGCAGGACUUGGAUUUUGUGGAUUUAUCAAAUGGGAAAUAUUGUGCCGGUGUGGUGGCCUUUGUGUCCGUGACGGUAAAAACCUUCGAUAUCCAUCGAGAGAACAUUGGUUACGCCACAUCAGUGGCUCAUAAUAAAGGUUUAGCCAUUUGGAAGUCCAGGAAGUCCGCUGUCACAAACGCUUUGCGAGAAACUCUACUGAGUUUCGGCGGCAACGUGGCCACUGAGCUGCUGGAGGUGCUAGAGUCGACCAAGAGCGACGUAAGCCACCCGCCGGCCGCCGCGCCGGCUGCCGACCCGCCGGCCGAGUGCAGCGCCGUCAAGGCCGUGGAGCCGAAGAACAAGCACCUGCGCAAGGAGGCGGAGACCACCAGCCUGCGGCCGCCGCCCAAGGCGCCGCUGGCCGCCAACCUGCCGCCGGCCAACCGGCCGCCCGUCGCCAACGCGCCGCGGCCGCCGGGGCCGCCGGGCCCCCCGGGGCCUCCGGGGCCGGCGCCGGUGCCGCUGGCGCGCCCCAACUCCAACGUAAGUUUCGUGCUGCAGCCCGUGAUGGGCGGCGUGGUGCCGCCGCUGUACGCGCCGCGCCUGCCGCCGCCCGGCCCGCUGUACCCCAACGCCUACUACGAGUACUCGGCGGGCCCGUGGCACUUCACGUACGAGUCCUUCGACCGGCACCACGGCAACGUCAACCUGAACUUCAACCUGCCGCCCAAGAACCUGGUGGUGAACGGCCGCGCCUCGGCCGAGUGCAAGAACGCGUGCGGCGUCCGGCCGCCGGGGCCCGAGGGCGAGCCGCUGCAGUACGGCCCGCCGCCGCAGAACCAGGGCUGCUGGAUCAAGCCCACCAUCUUCUACGACGGCUUCUGGACCGAGCAGAAGGUCAAGAAGUGGGUGACCGAGCAGGUGGAGAAGCAGUUCCCGGAGGACCCCUCGCAGAAGUCCCCGUCGCCGAGCAGCGGCCAGCCGGACCCCUCCGGCUCCAAGUCGUAACGCCGCCCGUCCGUAGAUGGCGCGUCUCGAUCUGCUUGUUUAGAAUCUUGUCGGUUAGAUGUAUAGGCGUAAGCGUUUGAUAUCGCAGAGGAGUAAAAUCUCAAAUCUGGUAGUACUUUUUAAUGCAUUGUUGUAAUGUUAACUAAUGGAGAAGAAUGGGUUUUGUAGUUUUCAAGGUAGUUUGAGCGACUCGUACUGGCGUUGACGCAAAUUUGACUUGGUUAUGUCAAGUACUGACGAAUUUUUAGCCUUAUUUCAAAGAUGACAGGUGCGAUUAACCGCGAGUCGUUUUGAUGGUAAAUGUAUGGUUUAGACGUCGUCGUUUGUGUGGUAUUUUUCUCAGAUCUUGUUUUAUUUAUAGAAUAAUUAAUAAGGUACACUCUUUGGAAUUGCGAUCUGUACAUAGAUAUUUAUGUAGUUUAAAAUUAAGAUAUUGUGUGGAAUCUAUGCAGUACUUAGGUACGUUUUUACAGUAAUAAAUUGUU